GUGAAAGUCGCUAGAAGCUCAUAUUCUUCUUCUUCUUCCUUUGUGUAUUUUGCGGCACACACAUUUGGAUCCCUACUCAUUUUUCCGUCUACCAGGUCAGGUUGCUGAAGAAUUGAAGAGAAAUGAUUUGGGGGACUAUACGCCGGAAAGUUUCUUCGUCUCAGGUGUUGGGACAAGCGUGGAAGGUUAGGUCUGCAGCCUCUGCGCAGAACUGUUACAGCACUGCACCGAAAAAGGCUUUAUUCAAUGGGAGAGGAUUUGAGUGUAUUCAGAGGUCAAGCUAUCACAUUGCCUCCGGUAGUUAUGCUUCGAAGUCAAGCAGGGUAGUUACUUCACUAAUGCAAACAGAAUCUUUUAUCAAAUUCCAGAAUAGAUCAUUUUCUUCAGAUGGAGACUUGGUUGAAGCUGUGGUUCCUUUCAUGGGUGAAUCUAUUACUGAUGGCACUUUGGCCACAUUCCUAAAGAAACCUGGUGACAAAGUUGCAAUUGACGAGCCGAUAGCACAGAUUGAAACUGACAAGGUGACAAUUGAUGUUGUUAGUCCUGAAGCUGGUGUUAUUCAGAAGUUCGUGGCAAAGGAAGGUGAGACUGUUGAGCCAGGUGUUAAGAUUGCCAUCAUCUCAAAAUCAGGUGAAGGUGUAGAGCAAGCUGCUCCAUCAGAAAAGGCUUCUAGUCAGUCAGAACCUCCAAAAGAAAAGGAAAGUGCCCAAAAAGAAGUUCCCAAAGCAGAACCUGCUCCUGUCAAGGAGAUAUCACCCAAAAGUAGAGCACCUUCCUCGCAACCACCACCUAAACAUAUGGCUUCAGAACCGAUACUUCCUCCCAAAGACAGGGAAAGACGGGUUCCUAUGACAAGACUAAGAAAGCGGGUAGCAAUACGCUUGAAAGAUUCUCAGAAUACGUUUGCUUUGUUGACCACAUUUAACGAGGUUGAUAUGACUAACUUAAUGAAGCUCCGUUCAGACUAUAAGGAUGCCUUUGUUGAAAAGCACGGGGUGAAAUUGGGAUUUAUGUCGGGCUUUGUGAAAGCUGCUGUUAGCGCACUCGAGCAACUGCCAGUUGUUAAUGCUGUCAUUGAUGGUGAUGAUAUCAUAUACAGGGAUUACAUUGAUAUCAGUAUUGCAGUUGGGACACCAAAGGGUCUUGUUGUUCCAGUUGUCCGCAAUGCUGGUGGUAUGAACUUUGCUCAGGUAGAAAAGGAGAUCAAUACUCUGGCUAAAAAGGCGGCAGAUGGUUCUAUAUCCAUUGAUGAGAUGGCUGGAGGCACAUUCACUAUAUCAAACGGUGGUGUAUAUGGAAGCCUUUUGAGUACACCAAUUAUCAACCCUCCACAGUCUGCUAUUUUGGGCAUGCACUCCAUAGUGAACCGUCCCAUGGUCGUCGGGGGCAAUGUUGUUUCCAGGCCAAUGAUGUACAUUGCUUUGACUUAUGAUCAUCGUCUCAUUGAUGGAAGAGAGGCUGUUUACUUCUUGCGCCGUAUAAAAGAUGUUGUGGAAGACCCUCGCAGACUUCUCCUUGACGUGUAAAGGAUUUAGUGGUUUGCAAACUAUAGGCUAUGGACGGCAAAGCGUGUUUGUCGAUGUCUUUUUGGUUGGAAGAGUUGGAAUGCUCUAUAGGACAAGGGGAUGAAUAAUCCUGAAAGCAUUUUUCUUAAUACUCGUUACUUUGAUGUUAUUGAGAGGGAGUUUUAAUAAAAAAGCAAAUCUUGUUUAUCAACCCAAGGAAUCUGGGAUUUGGCUAUCUCCAUAUGCUAACAAUGUUAAUGAGUAAACACACACAUAUGUAAGUACGGGAUCCAAGGGAGAUUACUUUGAGGAUUGUAGAUGAUGCAUUUGGUUAUGCUG